AUGGCUUUACAGGCUAGCUCUAUUCUAACCUCUGUUUCUGAGCAGGAUUGGAGUGAUAUCGACCCUGCUCUCCCGCCCCUUACAUCGUCAUCACUAGCUCCUUCAGCUAUUACUGAUGGCGAUGGCAACGGCGAGGUCAAUGAAGGAGAAAAGCUCACUUAUAAACGCACAUCAGAAGUGUGGGACCACUCUUUUUACUCACGGCACAAGAUUAUAAAAAAUUCGAAAGGGCAGAGUAUUUGGAGGUGUAAAUACUGCUCUAAAACCUAUGUGGAUACUGGUGGAACUGGCAACGCAAAAACUCACCUUGUCAAGCAUCACAGCCGUCAAAUUCAGACACAAAAUGAGAAGCGUAUAAAGGGAUAUCAACAUACUAUUGAUAUGGCCCAAUUUCGCGCCCGGUCGGAUGCGGCAAAUCAUAAGUGUCGAAGGCUUAAUAUGGGAGAUGAAGGAGAUGACGAAAGAGGUCAGGGAAGUGAGCUUGAUCCAGCUGUUUUGGAACAAUUGUACGUUGCUUGGAUCACAACUUGUGGCGUGGCUUUUGAGAUGGUGGAGAGGAAAGAAUUUAGAGCAUUUACUCGAUACCUUAAUAAGAAUGUCGAUGUACGUCUCCCUAGUUCAGCUGAUACUAUUCGUGGAUGGACAAUUCGAACAUUUGAAGGUCAGAAAAAGAGGAUCCGGAAAGAACUACAAGAAGCUCUCUCCAAAAUUCACAUAACUGUCGAUCUUUGGACCUCUGGCAACCGCAAGUCUAUUUUGGGUAUAAUUGGACAUUAUAUUGGAAAGGAAGGCAAACUUAAACAUAACGUUCUUGCAGUUCGAGAGCUUCAGGGAGAUCAUGGUGGCGAGAACCAAGCAGCUGUUAUUGCAGACGUUCUUGUGGACUAUGAAAUGGAGUACAAAUUGGGCUUUUUCGUAGGGGAUAAUGCUCAGUCAAACGACAUACUCUGUACUGCCCUUUCAGCUUGGUUAGACCUGAACAAGUCCUUUGUUUGGGAUCCAGUAUUUCGAAGACUUCGAUGUAAUGGCCAUAUAAUUAAUCUCUCCGCACAAAGCUUCUUAUUUCCGAAUAUCCCUGACAAAGAUAAUCUGGUCGUUUUGGACUCUCAAAUCAAUGGUCGUCUUCCAAAGGAAUUCAAUAAAGAACAGAUGAAGAUGUGGAGGAAAAAAGGGCCACUUGGCAAGCUUCACAACAUCUCAGUUUACAUUACACUGAGUACACAACGUCUAGAUGCCUUCAAGGUGGUUUCUGGCAACCUACGCCUUCCCCGAGAUAACUCCACUCGUUGGAAUUCGUGGUAUCGGAUGUUAGCCCGAGCACUGAUACUGCGAGAGGCUAUUAAUACUUAUACCUUGAUGAACCGAGCAGAUCUUCAACAAGAUAUACUCAGUGAUGAGGAUUGGGCAGAACUUGAGUCGUUGAUCGAGUAUUUAGAAGCAUAUGACCAUGGAACACUUGCCUGUGAAGGCCGAUACUCUACGGCAGAGACAAUUCUUCCAAUUAUGGAGUUUUUACUUGAGAUUUUCGAAGAAGGCAGACAUAAGCAUGUCAAUAAUCCCUUUCUUGGGCCUUGCUGUCAAGCAGGUUGGGAUAAGUUAGAGAAGUAUUACAAUAAGACAGGUGAGUCAUGUGCUUAUGUUGGAGCUGUUAUUCUUGUGCCUACUCACAAGUGGGAGUUCUUUGAAAAGGGAGUCCUGUGGAAGGAUAAAUGGGUUCAAGAUGCUCAAGCUGCUGUACAAAUGGUCUGGGAGAAUGAGUAUAAACAAGUCGAGCCUCCCCUUCCAGUUCCCCGUUCGCAAAGUCAUCAGAACGAUAGGAAGAAAGAAAAUCGGUUCAAGACUUGGUCACGGCAGCAUACAAAGGUUCCAGAGGUUAUAGAUGAGUACAAAAGAUACUGCAAGGAACCAGUGAUGGAAAUGGACCCGGAUGAGGUAUUUGAUCCGCUUGAAUGGUGGCAGGAGUCCACACAACAAAAGGUCUAUCCAUAUCUCUCAAAAAUGGCUCUAGAUUUGCUCUCAAUCCCAGCAAUGUCAGCCGAGGUUGAAAGAUUGUUUUCUAGUUGCAAGAUUACAAUCACCGACCGAAGGAAUCGCAUUGGGAUUGAUGCUGUAGAGGCUAUUGAGUGUUUGAAGUCGUGGCUACGGGAAAAUAACGUUGCAUGGGUUGAUGAGGAGUGGAUAGACCGAUGGGUAGCAGAGGUAGAGGCGGAGACACAAAAAGGAAAGGAAAGGGUAGAAUAA